GGUCUAGAGGAGGCGAGGUUUUCCUCAGGAGAACUAUGUUUGCCCCACAGGGCGGGAGACUCUCGGCGCCCCUCUCCUGGGUGGGCGGGGAAAGGACUAGCGACGGAUCAAUCACUGAGCCAGCUUCGGGAAGCGCAGCACAGCAGCCAAUCGGAACGCAGCAGAGUUGGCCUCGGGUGGCGCGCGUGAAUUUGAACACACCGGCGGAGCACUGGCUCUUCAGUGAGCGCUGGAGCGCUGUGGGCGGACAGCUGUUCUGUGUCCGCCGGCGGGAGUGGACACCGAGUGCGGGUGGCCGAGGAGCGCGCGGACUUGGUCUCCUCACACCGGGUUCCCCUCACGCCGGGCUCGGUCCCCUGACGUCAGUGGCCCCCAGAAGUCCACAGACCCCGGGUUCUGGUGGCUUUGAAGUCAGACGUGUGGAAUUGCGCGGGACGGACGUGCGGGAUCCUGAGAAUUCAGUUAAGAUGGCAGCUUUUACUCUAAGGAAGAGGAAGCAACAUACUCUGAAUGAUGAAGGCAUAUUAUCAAACAUUUCAUCAAAGAAACUAAUUUUGAACUUUACUGAAAGUCUAUUUCCAUCACCUAAUAAGAAACAGCCUUACCACAGCAGUGACAAGGAAGAAAAGUCCUGCUCUCAACAAGGCCUUUUCCCUUCCAGUCCAUGCCAAACAACUAAAAAAUGCUUGCUGUUUGCAAAUCAUAGCUCACCCUUUAAAUCUGCUUUGUCUACUGGAUCUUUUUACAAUAAGGAUAAAUGGUACCUCAAUCCACUAGAGAGGAAACUGGUAAGAGAGAGCCGACCCACUUGUCUAACAACUGAUAAUGAAGAUAAAUCUUUUCCUGGUUUGACACAAAAAAUGCAGAGAAAGCCAGGCCGUACCAAAAAGAGGAACAAAAAACCACAGAAGAGUUUAACUGCUAAAUGUCUACCAAAUUAUAAGCACAUCAAGUCCAUAUCAAGAAGUUCUAAAACUUCCAAGUCAAAUCAAAUGAUCUAUAAGCCAGUCUUAGAGAAAGAGAAUAGCUGUUACCCACCAGAAAAUAAUCCAAAUAUUCCUAGGGUUUUAAGCCAGAAAAUCAAACCACAAGUUACACUCCAGGGUGGAGCAGCAUUUUUUGUUAGUAGAAAGAAAAUCUCUCUUAAAAAACCACCUUUGGAAGGUAAGCCACUACUGGAAGUCUUACAGAAAAAUAAAUCUGAGGUGACUGAAGAUGCAUCUGAUCCAGAGGUCAUAUGGGAAAGAAAAUCUGUGGUGGAGAAGCAAGUGCCAAAGUGCUUGUUACUAGAAGAGAAAUUAAAUACUGAAUUGCUGGAUGUAAGAAGUAAAAAUGAAGAAAAAUUAAUAAAGGAUUCCUCAGGUGCAGUCAUUUCUUCCAAGAAAUUUAAACUUGAUCAAAGUAAUUUCCCUCCUGAGAAAUCACUUGGGGAGAACAAGACAAUUUCUCCUGAGUCCAUUGUCUAUCCUAUCUUCAGUGUCUCUUCUGUGAAUACUAAAAGAUCUCCAGCUAAAGAACAGUCUUCUGAGGGAUCUGCCACAUGCACUAACUUCUUAAAGCUGACCAAUAUACAGAAAAAUAUGAAUUCCAGAGAUACAGAUAAAGAAACAAAAAAGCAGCUCAUCAUUGAUGCAGGUCAGAAGCAUUUUGGGACGACUCUGUGUAAGUCCUGUGGCAUGAUCUAUACUGUUUCCAACCCUGAGGAUGAAAUGCAGCAUCUCCAGUAUCACCACAGGUUUCUGGAGGGAAUCACAUACAUGGGCUGGAAAAGAGAACGGGUAGUCGCAGAAUAUUGGGACGGGAAGAUUGUGAUGGUCCUGCCUCGUGAUCCAAGCUAUGCUCUCAAAAAGGUAGAAGAUGUCCAAGAACUUGUUGAUCAUGAAUUGGGCUUCCAGCAAGUUGUUACCAAGUAUCCAAACAAAACCAAAACUUUCCUCUUUGUAUCUGAUGAAAAGAAAGUAGUUGGAUGUUUAAUUGCAGAGCCCAUCAGCCAGGCCUUUCGGGUCCUGUCGGAACCAAAUGCUUCUAAAGAGUGUUCUAGAGCUUGGCAAUGUUCAGAUGUACCAGAACCUGCUGUCUGUGGGAUAAGUAGAAUCUGGGUCUUCAGGCUGAAAAGAAGAAAGCGCAUUGCAAGACGACUGGUAGAUACUGUCAGGAACUGCUUCAUGUUUGGCUGUUUUCUCAACACUAAUGAAAUAGCAUUUUCUGACCCAACACCAGAUGGCAAAUUAUUUGCAACCAAGUACUGCAACACCCCUAAUUUCCUUGUAUAUAAUUUUCAUAGCUAAAACCAAUUACAACCACAAAACAGGUACUAUGUAGAUAAGUUCAGAUAUAAACUAAUAUCAAAAUGAAAAUGACUAAGUCUUGUACACAUAUGUAUAUCAGUUUUGUUCCUUGUAUGUUGAGAGGGAUACAUUUUUGGAAUUUUGGGGGAUUCAAAGAAAGAAAACAUCUUUUGAUAACACUGAGUUCUAAGUGAAACGCUCAACUAUAACGGAAAACUCUUGAGUCAGAGGAUUGCCAGGAAGGUAGCUUCUGCGGAAGGAGGGCCAUGUUCUGAAGGAGCACUUUUAGACAGGAUUUUGUCCUGCUCCAUCAGACGUAGAGGUAAAGCUAAACCCAGGCAAGUGAUAUUUUUUCAUGCCCAACUUUGAGAGAUGAUUCCUAAAUUCCUUACGCAGCACUCUCAUUUUAGGCCUGUUUUGUAGCAACUCAGUUGAAUACAUUAAGUUUUGGAUUUGUGAGCUGUAAUAAGAUGGCAGGAAUGAGUAAGAUGGUUCAUGUCUAUUUAUAUAAAAUAAUUCUACGGCUAAACAUUUUAAUCUCAGAAAGGUAAUCAAAUGUGCACUUGUCAUGACCGUAACCUAAACUCCUCUGCACUGCUGUCAUCUCCGUUGACUUAUUGAAUGAGAAUGCUGGUAGUGCUGCUUAUCUGUAGGAACUGGUUAUUGGUAUCUGGAGUCACUGACAGUGAAUGCUUAGUUGGAUUAGCUGGUUUGCUUUUAGAGUUUACUUGUUUAAAGUACAUCUCACUUGGCUAAGCAUAGAGGAUCACGCUUAUAAUCCCAGCACUUAGGAGGCUGAUGGAUUUAGAAAGAAAACUGACUAAAGUCAAAUUUCAAAUGUCUUCACAAAAUGACAAAACUAAGGUUAGUAACUCUAUCAAAGCAAGUGGACCAGGGAACAUGGUGAUAUUAUGUAAUACUCUAUACCUAUUUGUGUUCAGAUUUUCUAGUAUAAUUUUUGGAUACUUAUAAAACAAAAAAUUACUUGAUUGCUUUUAUUCUUAAAAGUCAUUUUAACUGCUGUCAAUAAAACCUUAAGGAAGCAGUUUUCAUUUUCUAGGUUGUAUUGCUCCGUGUAAAGUUUGUUCAUUUGUAGUCUUUAUUUGCCUGUGAGUUAAUAUCCUAAAAUUUAAAGGCCUGGGUUCCAGAAAGAAUGUGAAAAGUGUUGAA